ACUAAAUUUUUAAUUUACAGUCCACUCAAUUUCCCAUAUAUAGCAUAUAGGCCUUUGUAAGUACAAAUUGUUUUCAAUAAUUGACCAAAGGCCGUACCAAUAUUAAUAUAUAAGGCGUCCCAUAAAAAAAUUAACUCGAAAAACUCAAUAUCUUUGAAACGAAUAAUAUUUUUCAAAAACCCGAUAAAGCGCUCGUUCACCGAACAGAGCGAUUAAAAAAGAAGAAAAUGACGUAUACGUCAAAAUUUGUUUGGUAAAUGUCAAAUUCUGAUAAAUACUUCUAUUUGGAAUUCGUUAAAAAUACAAGAUACAAUAAAAGCCGAUAUGAAGUAAAAAAGGAAUUUCGGUGGAUAUGUGAAUAAAUCCCCGAAAAACUUGAAUAUUUCAAAUUAUAAUGUCUGGAUAUAAAAGGGUAAAUUAUUAUGAAUUGUGUAGACUAUGUGCUACUAACCAACAGAAAGAAAAAACCCAUAUAUUUCAAGAAGAGGGAAGAAAAAUACAACUCUUGAGUAAAAUACAAUCAUGUCUUUCCCUUACUGUUUAUGAACACGAUUUUCUUCCAAAAGUAGUUUGUUCCAAAUGCUUGAAAUCACUAGAGUCCUAUUACUCUUUCAAACAAGAAUGUAUAUCAUCAGAGACAAUGUUAUCCAGCUAUUUCAAGAACUUCAGAUAUACAGAAGAUUUUAAAAAAUCUGGGAAGGUUUAUAUUAAAGAAACUACAGCUAGAAAUACUGAAGACCAGGAGCUUUUAGAUACUGGUACAACCACAAAUCAAGUGGUCACUAGUACACAGCCAAUACAAGUAGCGGCACCAUCACAAAGUCAUCAAAAUGCCUCUUUGAUAUCAAACUAUGUUACUAUAACUGGAUUAAAUGAAUCUCCAAAGCAGAAUCAUCAUCAAAACCAAUCACAAAUUGAGCAGGUCCAAUCGUAUUAUACUGUUCAGUUACCUCAAGCAACAAUUGUUACUAAUCAACAAAGUGUGGAUCAGAAACCUCAAUUGAAAUCUCCUGAACUACCAAGUAAAAUUAUUCAGCACUCACAAAUUUCAUACAAUUUGAAUACAGUUAAUUUGGCAACAUCCCAUGUGAAACCUCAACAAAAAACACAAGAAACCAUCAAUAAUGUUGUUGUCAAUGCAAAUGGUGAAGUGAUAAAUAUAAGUCAAUUAGAUUUUGAGUCUAUAAUGAAUCAUGCCUCUACAACAAAAAUAAUGAAAAAUAAUAACAAUUUCAAACAAAAACGUGUCAAAGAAACAAAAAUAACAGAAGAUACUGUUAUCAAAAUAGAUUUAACUGAAAAUGAGAAUAAAAAUACAUUUGAAGCAAGCUCUGACAAACUUCCUCACAUAAAGAGUACCCAAAAUCACCAGAAAUUUACUUAUAACAAUUCCAAAUUAGACGAUAAAGUUCCAGUUAACGUUAAUCCAACUGUUAUAUUCAAUGCUGUGCAAGAUUACCAAGUUCCUAUAUCAAAUUUUGUGCCGUUCCAUCAGAAUUCCGGUAAUAUUAGUUAUUCGAAUCAAUCUGGCACACCAGUUAAUAUAACAACAUCAACAGUUUGUAAUUCAACCACCAAUGAACACUCAACAGUCAAUUUGAAUGCCUUGAAUGGAGAUUUGGGAGGUGGAGCUUAUCGAAACCCAACCCAAUUUCUGACACCUGUCAAACCAGAUGCAGCUAAGACUGACAACUCUUUAAAAAAUACUCCUUCGGUGGAAAAAUUGCAUGUUUGUGACAUAUGUAACAAAAGUUUCAAAAGAAGAGAACAUUUAUAUCAGCACAUAAAGUUGCAUACAGGUUUCAGACCAUACACCUGUGAGCACUGCAACAAGUCAUUCAUGAGAAAGGAGCAUCUUUUAAGACAUAUGACUUCACACAGCGGUCAAAAAAAUUAUACCUGUAAUAUAUGUGAAAAAUCCUUUUCAAGAAAUGAUAAUUUAUUAAAACACAAGAAGACACACGAAAAACAAAAUAGUUUCACCUGUGAAGUCUGUCAGAAACAAUUUGUUAUGAAACAUUAUUAUUUAGCGCAUAAAGUAACCCAUGAAGUGGUUGACAGAUGUAUCAGUCAAACUCUUGGUAUUUUGAAAGCUUAAUCUCCUAUGAAGACUUUCCUUAGCAUGAGAUCAGGUUUGUUAUAUUGUAAAAAUAAACAAGGCAGCUUCUAAAACAUGUCAGAAGGUUUUCUAUGUAAAUAUUUUUUCCAAAUUGGAAAAAUUAUGACCAUCUUACGAUGAAGUUUCUAUUGUAUAAAAAAAGGGUAUCCCUAGUUGAAAAUAUAACAUAUUUAUCAAUUUUGCCAUUGUUGUUGUUAUCAAACAUUAUUAACAUAAGAUGCAACAGAAAAAGCUAAGUGGUUAAUGGUCUUGUUUAGAAGGGCAAGUUUUUUCCAAAUGUUAAUCAGGCUUACAGGCAUCUGAUCCAAGAAUUCUACACCCAGAUCUCAAAAUUCAUUUCUAAAAUGUUGAAACAGCUCAAGAAUUAUCUGAACUUUUGAUAAGCAGAUACAUGGUUUGGCUGACGCAUCUUCUUUGUUUUUAUAAUGAUUGAUGAUGAAAAUUAUGUUUCACAGUUUCUAAAGAAUAAUUCUUCUGAGAUUUUUUUCAUAUUUUCUAUAUAUAGUAAGAUUUGGCUAAUGUGGAAAGAAAAUAUCAAUUUUUCUUCUGGGACAGUUAAAUUCAGUGAAACUGAUUGAAUCCAUCGAGAAUGGUACAAACCAAAAUGUAAAUAAGUAAACAUUGUAAAUAAUCUUCAAAUGCCAUAUUUAUUUUGUAUAUUUUUUUUAGACGUUAUAUGUAUAAAAUGAUGUUCAAUUUAACUUGUGAAUACUCUGCAUGAAUAUUUCAAUAGCCACCUAUGAAUUUGUGAUUUUUCACUGCAAACACGUACUGAAUUAAGUAUUAAAUGAAACCAAAAAAUGUUAAGUUCUAGUCCUAUAAUAGUUAUAGCUAUUGUAUAUUGUUUUUAAGAAAUAUUUAUUAUAUUAUACCAAUAGAUAUUUA